AUGGCACCGAAAGGCAGUAUAACUGCUGAUUUGUUUGUGGAGUUUAUUAAGCACUUAGCGAAAUACAAGGUUGCUGGAAAAUGUUUACUUAUUUUUGAUGGUGCCAAAUGUCACUUGUCAAUAGAAGUUUUAGAUGAAGCUGAUAAAAACGAUAUACUUUUGUAUUGCCUCCCUUCCAACACAACGCAUGAGCUUCAGCCCUUAGACAAAUCAGUCAAUAAGUCGUAUGAACACCACUGGGAUGAAGCAGUUCUGAACUUCUUAUACACACACCCCGACAGAACAAUGUCAAAAGCCACUUUUAAUAAGAUAUUUAGUCAAGUCUGGCCCAAAUGCAUGACGCAUAGCAACAUUGUGAAUGGAUUUGCGGCAACAAGAUUAUUCCCGUUUAAACCUGAAGCUAUACCGGAGGAAGCAUAUGCCCCAUCAGUUUUGUCUGAAAUUGCAUGGCCACAAACUAGCGUGGAGCCCAUACAAAGUCCUUUAUCUGACGUCAUAUUGAACGAUGACACUGAUGACGAUCUACCGAUAUGUGAUUGGCUCCUGCAGAACUCUACAUCUGAUGUAUUAGAGAUAGAUGAAUACCCUGAUCUUAAUAAACCGACCGAAACCGAUUUGGUACCAAUCGUACCUUCAACAACUGAAAACUCUUCAAUAGUUAAAUGCCGUCUCGUUGACUAUAGCUCAUCUCCCGAUGUUUCUGACUUCGAAAUGGUAGAACAUCCUCAUAGGCCAGCAACACAGGUGGAAGAACACUGUGCUUCACCUUCUUUGAUUUCAGAAAAUGACGUUUUUUUGGUAAGUGCCAGUGACGAACCACUUCUAAGCAAUAAGGACACUUACAAAAUAGAUUUGGGAGUUCCAAGUUGUUCUGGAUUACAUAAACCUAUUCGUCCAAGCUCUAGUUCUAACUCCACAAUUUCUGAUUUAUAUGCUUUAUUUCAUACGUCUCUCUUUAAAAAAUGCGCUGCUGAAGACAUAUAUAGUUACUCGUCAGCCGAAGAUGAUGAAAAUACUGACUAUUUUAUCCCUAAAGGGCAAAUCACACCUAAGAAAUUUAUUAUUAGUUCCUCACAUGAAAUGUACAAAACAAAUAAUGAGAACUUUAGUGCCUCAGAUGGAGAUUAUAAUAUUAAUUUAAACAAACAAAAUAAAAGUGAGAAACGACAAAAAAACAAAAUAAAUAGCAAGGUUAAUGUCAAAACUAAUAAACAACAGAAGAAGAAUACAUUAGAUAAGAAAAAUCCUAACACCAAAGAAGUAAACACUGUGAAAAAAGUUUUAAAGUGUAAAGAUAAAACAAAAAAACAACAGAGAAAAAAGAAGCAAAUAAAUGAAGUACAAGAUGAUACCGAAGAGUGGUACUGCUAUGCAUGUUUUGAAAACAAGAAGUUAGACAUGCGUCAAUGUGGAAUUUGUAAGAGAUGGUACCACGAAGAGUGUGUCGGACUAUCAAAAUGUGAUAAAGAAUUUAUUUGUUCCGAGUGUUAA